AAAAGAAAAGAAAAUCUACAGCGAGCACAACGCUCUCACUCACUCCGCCCUCACCGCUCACUCUUUCCUCUCCGUCUCGCCGCGGCAGGCCGGCAGCGACGGGCAACGGCGGCGGUUGCCUUCCCAGCAAGAGGCGGCGCCUCCGGCUCCCGCGUGCCCUACACUGCCGCACCACUCCUUCAUCCCGCCCCACGCCGCGCCGGCGGCGUGCAGCUCCGAAUCUGGUCGCCCGGCGACUCGCACGAGGUGGGCUCCGUCCCGUGCGCCCGGGGAUCCGGCUCGGCUUCCUCAAGACCUUCCCCGCGCCGUGCACGUCUUGACGCGGGAAGAUGGACGAGGAAGGGAUCCCGACGCCGACGGCUUCUCUUCGCCACCAAGCCCCUCAACCUGCAGGCCACCUUCUGCCGGUAAGUGUCUUCAGAGAACAAAUUCUCCAACUUGCCGGGAUUGCUUGUCAUGAAGACGAGGAAAAAUCACGGACAAAGCUACUAGAGAAGCUCGAAACAUGUAACAAGCGUAUGCUAGUUGAACUGUGCCGUUCCUUUGAUGUCCCUGGUUCAACAAGCACUAAGAAGGAUGAAUUGGUGACAAUAGUGAUGGAGUUCUUGAUGGAACAUUGUUCUGGUAUUAUUUACACAGAUCCUGAUAAGUCAUUUAAGAAAAGAAAGCGCAAGAAGAAUGUAGCGAAUCUAUCUGGUGGCGAACCUUCCAGGAAAAGGAAACAUGAUGGAACUGUACUGGAAAUUCAUGGUGAAGAGGAAGCAGAUGGGAGAAAAGCUGUAGAAGAUGAAACAAAUUAUUCCGAGGUCUGCUUGAGGGAUGACAGAGAUGAAUGUACUUACAACAGGACAGGACAAUUUUCGAAGGAACAAGCUGAACCUGAGUCUUUUGAAGGGGCAAAUGACUCCGCGUUGGGGAAAUUAGCUGUAGUUUCGCUCCCAGGAGUAUCGAUUCCUACAAAUGAACAAAAGCUAAUCACAACAUCAUCUGCAAAGUUGGUUAGCAAUGUUGAGAACGAUAACACGGAUAUGGUGGCUUCAAUGAAGAAAAAAAAUUCUGUGACCAAGAAAAAGGCAAUCCAAAACACAGCUUCCAAGGAGAAAUUUGGUGGUAAAAUUAUGUCUAGAGGAGAUGCGAAACCAUGGAAGCAAGCACUGAAACCAAGUAAGGAUGAGCUGAGACAAGCUGUCUUCUAUAUAUUGGGUGCUGCAAAUUUUGCCACGAUGACUUUUGGAGAGGUUGUAAAAGCAGUUGACAAAUACUUUGGCAAGGAUUUGUUUGAGAGAAAGCCACUGGUAAGGGCCUUGAUAGAGGAGGAGCUCUUUAGGCUAGCCAAGGAGGCUGAGAAGAAGGAGCUGGAAGAGGAGGAAGCAAUGGAAGCAAGAGCAAAAGCUGAACAAUCUGCCAAGGACAGCGCAAGGGAUGGAAGAGUUGAAUCAGGCAUAGACAAGGAAUCUGAAGUUGAAGCUGGUCAAGAUGGUAAAUCUAAGGAUGCUGAAAAGAGUGGCAACAUCAAUAGUACUGAAAAAGGUGCUAAAAAUGGGAUUUGUGUGAAGGCUGUUGAGAAGGGAAAUAGCAACACUGCCGCCGAAAACUUGCAAGAUGGAAAGGCAGAAGUUGACACAAGGAAGAACGAUAAUGGUGAUGGUUGUAGCAAGGAUUGUGAGGCUGAAAAGAUUGUGCAGAAUGCAAAUGGUGAUGGUGGCAUAGAAAUAUUGGGAGAUGGUGAAGCUGGAACCGCGAAUAAUUGCAUAGGUAACACCAUAGGAGGUUGUGAAGAUCUCGAAUCUGGAGAAAAUGAUGACACCAAAGAUGGCAGAUCUGAAGAAGGCAGGGCCGGAAAUGCUGGAAAUGCUAAUGCAGAAAAUGCUGGUGACUGUGAACCUGAAGAAUCUAAAGCCAAUGAAAGCGGCGAACACGUAAGCUGUCCAGAACCAGAAGCAGAAGCAGAAGAUGUCAAAUCUUGGGAAGCUAGUGGCAAUGAGAUUACCCUAUCUGUGGUAAUAUAAUUUCUGAACCAAGGCGCGGAUGAUGAUGGUAAAGCGGAAGAUUCUGAACACCCAAACUGAUGUAGGUUCAAGCGAACAUGCUAGUUCGUGGACGAUGUGAAGGCUAAAGAUAACUGCCAAGCCCAAUAAGUGUGGUCAGAUGAAGGGCUGUACUAAGCUGAUGCCGUGUUCUUGUUUCAGCCCCACUGUAAUCCCAACCAGUAGGACAGUUUGUGAAGGUGUUCCAUGAAGACUGUAUCAGGUGUAAAUUGUGCUUGUCAAUGUACUGUAAGGCUUGUUGUGUCGACCUUGUUUAGCUUGAAGAGUGUUGGGCUCA